AUGAUUAUGAGCUCUGGCCUAUUCUCACUAGAGUACCAGCGGGUUUCGCUGGCUAUCUCCACGCUCAAUGAAAGAGCUAGAGAGUGGGCUCUGACGUGUGGCACGUCGGUCGAAUUGGCGUUUCCCAAUUCGACCAUAAUCACGCACAAGUUCGAAAUUCUGGAUCAGAGCCAGGAUGCCAUGGUGAUCGGUCGUGAUAUCCUGAAUGAACUAGGAAUCGUGCUCAAUUUUAAAGACAAACUGGUUCAGUGGGAUGGUCACUAUACACAUUUAAACACCGGCGGGUCAUCGUCUCCCAACGCAAGUGAUUAUGAAUUCCCCGAAGAGAGCAAAGAAGUCGAUAACACUGCAGUGCGACCAGAAGACCUCAUGCCAGACAGGCUAUCCAAGCCACUCGUCGGCAAAUAUCUCCAGCUUCUUCGUGAUAACGAGCAUCUCUAUGACGGUCACUUGGGGAGGAUGAGAUUCGAAGACUACGCUCUACCAAUAGUGCCGGAGUACAAGCCUGUACACGCAAAACCGUAUCCAGUCCCAAGAAGCCUCGAAAACAAGGCUCGAGAGCUCAUCCAGCAUUUGGUCAGCAUCGACGUGCUGGAGCAGAUUUUUGAUUCAGAAAUGGCAUCGCCUGCUUUUUUUCUCAAGAAGCCCAACGGAUCACUUCGUCUACUGAUAGAUUUUCGCGGACUUAACCGAUAUCUGAAACGCAGCCCUUAUUACGUCCCACGUAUACGCGAGAUCCUGUUGCGUCUCGCAGGAGCCAAGUAUCUGUCAACAUUCGAUGCUAACAUGGGGUAUUACGCGCGUCGCCUUGCUGCCUCAAGCCGUGGUCACACAGCUUUCUGUCUUCCGUUCGGGAAGUAUCAAUACAAGCGACUCCCAAUGGGCAUUUCUACAGCACCGGACGAAUACCAAGCCUGCAUGGAGAAGAUUUUUGGCGAUCUGGCUUUUGUGGUAGUCUAUUUGGAUGAUAUACUCGUCUACUCCGAUAGUGAAGAGACGCACCUAGAGCACCUACACAUUGUGUUCAAGCGACUAACCAAGUAUGGGGUAACUCUCAACGGAAAGAAGUGCCACAUCCUCAGACAGUCCGUCGACUAUCUCGGCUUUACGCUGACAUCUCAAGGGAUCCAGCCCCAACAAAAGAAGAUUCAAGCCAUCCAACAAAUUUCCGUCCCCAAAACCAGGAAGGAACUACGCCGCUUCCUCGGAAUGAUUAAUUACUAUAGAGAUAUGGUACCCAACAAGACGGCAUUGUGCCAACCUCUCAACCGAUUCACCAGCUCCAAAGUCCCGUUCGACUGGUUGUCUAGCGACACGGAAGCAUUUCACGCUAUCCAGAAAGCGUUUGCCCAAGCCGUACUGCUCGCGUUUCCUGACUUUGAGCAACCAUUUCACGUCUACGCCGAUGCCAGCGGAAAGCAAAUCGGUGGCAUCAUUAUGCAGAAGAACAAGAUUCUCGCCUGCUAUUCCCGAAGUCUCAACAAGCAUCAAGUGAAUUACACAACGAUGGAGCUUGAGCUACUCUCUAUCGUUGAAAUGCUGCGCGAAUACCGCACCAUGCUGCUCGGGUUCCCUGUGGUUGUUCACACCGACCAUAAGAACCUAAUUUAUCCGACCGAAACCAGCCUGCGCGUUAAGCGCUGGAAGCUCCUGUUGGCUGAGUACAGGCUAUCGAUGCAUUACAUCAAGGGAACCAAGAAUGUUGGUGCUGAUGCGUUUUCCCGGAUGAGAUUCGAUGCGAUUAACACGAAGACUCAUUUGCAGCUCGCGGACGAGAUAUGCGCUACCGCUGAUGAACCAGAUUGUGUCAUGCAUGGUCCGGUUCUUCGCGAACAUCAAGAUAAGGACUUGAUGAUUCAAAAAAUCAAGACAGCUUGCCUCAACGGCAACAACAAUCCUGACUAUCAGCUUCUACCUCUACUCGGCUGCACGCUGGUCGCGUAUUACAAGCGCGUCAUCGUGCCCGAUAGCUUGCGAGAAGAUCUCAUUCGUUGGUAUCACUUAACGCUCAGUCACCCUGGCGGUGAACGACAGUACAAGACAAUGAGGCAGGUUCUCUACUGGCCCGGAAUGGAAGCCGCGAUCACCAAGAAUGCGAAAGAUUGUCUAACUUGCAAGAAGGCAAAGGUCCACGGAGGCAAGCAGGACUAUGGAUUACUACCACCACGAACACUCAAGACGGUGAACCCCUUUGACACCGUUCAUGUCGAUCUCAUUGGUCCCUACGAAGACGGACACUACGGUAUUACCAUGAUUGACCAUGCGACGCGUUGGCUGGAAGUGGGUAUUCAGCACGACAAAACUUCGCUGACCACAGCCGAAAGCUUCGAUCGUGAAUGGCUGUGCCGCUACCCGCGUCCUGUAACGGUUAUACACGACCUAGGAACGGAAUUCACUGGUGACGAGUUUCAAGAAUUGCUCCGCAGCUACGGGAUACAAGCCAAGCCUAUAACAAGCAAGAACCCUCAAGCUAACGCUAUUUGUGAACGCGUUCACCUCGAGAUUUUAAAUGUCAUCAGGUGCCACGAUGGCGCUGACUGGAAGAAAACCAUUCACUACGCUGCAUUCGCCGUGCGAGCAAGCUACCACAGCAUUCUUAAUGCUUCCCCAGGUCAACUAUUCUUCGGUCAAGAUAUGAUCACUCGUCAGCUUUAUAACGCCAACUGGAGCUAUCUAUCGAAGCGUCGUUUUGAUGCAAUUCUCGCCGACAAUGACCGCGAGAAUAGCAAACGCCUCGAGCAUUUCUACAAUACGGGAGACCACGUGAUGUUACGCGUCCCCAAGAAGUUCCGUGCAAAAUUGCACGCAGUGGCAACCGGACCUUUUGUUAUCCGCCAAGUUCACAGCAACGGCACUGUGACCAUCGACAAGGGAGCAAUGGCAGAACGUGUGAGCAUCCGCCGCAUUUUUCCGUGCUAA